CUGAUUUCCAGAUCUCCCAAAUUCGAAACAUUCGGAGGACGUCGCGGUAUUCGCCUGAACGCUUUGUCACGAUCCGACUCUGGCCUGGCCACCAGUGCACCUGCUGCUCAAGGGACUUCUUCUGCCGUUCGAGAUGUGUUCUGUCUUUGUUGUGGUACCAAACUGGGUUGGUUGUAUGAGUUCACCUGCGAAGUUGCGGAGCGAUAUAAAGAAGAAUAUUCUCGGAGGGGAUCCGUUUCCCCUGGAGCCAACUCCGGCGAUGAAUAUGAUGUGGGGUUCAGAGACGAUGCGUUGGAGGCCGAUUUUGCUCGUUUGCUGAAAAGAACUCGUGGUUUUGAGAUAAAGGUAGUGCGAGGUGAUGGAUCCUGUAUGUUCAGAGCUGUAGCGGAUCAGCUAUAUGCAGACCAGGACAUGCAUGGUGAAGUGAGGCGACUCUGCAUGGAUUAUAUGGAGAGAAAUCGAGAUCAUUUCGCUCCUUUUGUCGCCGAAAACUUCUCGUCUUACGUUGCGCGAAAGCGACAGCCUGGUGCGCACGGUAAUCAUGUGGAACUCCAAGCCAUCUCGGAAAUGUUUGCGCGUCCCAUUGAAAUCUACGAAUACAGUGAGAAUCCAAGAAAUGUAUUUUACCCAACCAUAAGGUCACUCGAUGUAAACGUGCCUAUUCGUCUUAGCUAUCACGGUUCGUCUCACUAUAACUCAGGGUAG